GCAGUGGUCAACGUGACUCGGUCGGAAUCGCACGCGUCGUCGCCGGGUGUCGCGUGGACGGAAACGCGCAGCGGGAAUAAAUCGUCGCUAGCUGAUAUCGAAAGAUAUUGUACAAACAUUUAUGUUUCGAGGUCGUUGGUGUCUCGCUCGCGGUCGUUCUCGGAAAAUCGCGUCCCAAUAAUAAACAACCUCGUCUGCAAGUUGUAAUAAUUAUUAUAACGUUAUUGGUUUGUGGGUAACUUAAUGGUAGGUGCACAUAUUAAAAUAUACUAGCUGACACAUCGUCGUCAUCGAAAUUCCCCGCGGAAACGUGAUAGGACUGUCAAACGAUCUCUCGAUCGAGCGACGUCUGAUAGGAAUUAAAAACAAAAAAGUUUCAAAAUCGGACGCGUCAAAAUAUUAAAAAAAAAAAAACAUUACAACAAUAGGUAACACGACCGGUGUGCCGAUCCUUAUCGCACGUCACACAUUUCGCGCGAGACUUGGCUCGGCAAUCGCGACUUUCGCUUACCUACCUAUAUUUUAUUAUUAUGUAUAUUAUGUAGGUUCAUAAGUACGAAAAUUUAUACUAAGCCAUCUCGCAGCGUGAUUUUAAUCGUCCAUCAAUCAUCCGCUGUAGUGAAAAAAUAAUAUCAUACCGCACACGCACAAUACGCAAUAUUAUUAUUAUCUUUUUUUUUUGCGGGAUCGUGUUGUAUACAUCAUAUUAUGUUCGUGCGAAGACGACGACGAUGGCGACGGUCCGAUGUCGCAUUACCGUGAUCGACCACCAUCACUGCAGGUGGACUACAAAAUACUCUACGCCGUCAUUGUCAUCGUCAUCGGCGUAGGGCGACCACUGAACGGCGGCGCGGUGGCCGCUAUGAAGUUAGACGGCAACAUGAACGUGAUGUCGAGGAGCAACACGUGGCCAGUGGUGGUGGUCCGGCUGGAACACGACGGCGGCGUGCACGUGAUUGACAACGGACCGUCCGACGACGGGCCGUGCACCGCGGCCACGGACGACAUGACCGUCCUGUUCGGCGGUGUCGGCGGUGCCGGGGGCGGAGUGGACGCCAACGGCGGCGGCGCGGCGGCAGCCGACACGUGUCCACUGGCGCCGCUGUCCGCCCGCAAGCGGGCCACGCUGCAGCGGCACUACUAUCCGGAGGGCGGCUGGGGCUGGGUGGUCGUGGCCACCGCGGUGGCCGUUCACGUGCUCAAUCACGGGCUCCAACUAUCGGCGGCUGUCAUGCUGAGACCCGCGGCCGACAAGCACGAGCAACCGGUGGUCAAUACAGGAUGGCUGGGAGCAAUGUCCACGGGAGUGGCGCUGUUGCUGUCGCCGGUGACGAUAGCGUUUUGCCGGCGGAAAUCCACAAGACUGACGGCCGUCAUGGGCGGCCUGAUCACCGCGCUGGGAUGUCUCUUCACCAGUUUCGCCACGCAGUUCCAUCAAUUAUUCUUCAGCUACGGCACCGUCAUCGGGAUUGGAGUGGGCAUGACAAGGGAUUGUUCCACACUGAUGGUGGCGCAGUAUUUUAAGCGGAAACGUGAGUUCGUCGAGAUAUUCAUCGUGUCCGGCAGUGGGAUGGGAAUAGCCGUCAUGUCGAGCUUCAUCAAAGGAGCCAUAAGCGCCAUCGGCUGGCGACUUGGACUCCAGCUGGUCACCGCCACGGUGUUCACCACUUUCCUGUUGGGCACGUGCUACAGGUCGGCGUCUCUAUACCACCCGCAGAGACGGGCCAUCCUGCACCUGAAGAACCAGAAGCGGAAGAUCAAGGACAAGAACCGGCACGACGACCGGCCACCAUUCAUCGACUUCACCACUCUCCGCAGCAAGACCGUCCGAAUCCUGCUCGUGUCCACCGGCAUCAGUGCGUUCGGCAUAAACACUCCGAUAUUCUACCUGGCUCACCAGGCCGAAGAGGACGGACUCGGUGACUCGGCGCUGACGUUGCAGGUGCACAUGGGACUCGCUUGGACGGUGGGCUGCGUGGCGUUCGGGCUGAUCGUCGUCCGGAACUCGGUGGAGUGCCGGAUCGCCAGGCAGUACCUGUGCCAAGCUUCCGUUUUCAUGUGUGGCGUGUCCAUACUGGCGCUGACCACGGUCCGCGGCGACCGGCAGGGGUACGUCAUGUUCGCCUGGGUGUACGGCAUGUUCUGCGGCGGGUACCACUACUCGCUCAAGAUGUACACGUACGAGCGGGUCCGGGCCCGGAACUUUGCGCGCACCUGGGGCUUCGUCCAGUGCUCUCAGGCCAUACCCAUCGCCCUAGGGGUGCCCAUAUCCGGUUACAUCAACAUUGGCUACGGCUCCAAGUCGGGUUAUUACUUUAGCUCGGCGUGCGUGUUGCUCGGCAGCCUGACCAUGUUCUUCAUCGACCUGCAUCGGCGGAACGUGGCCCGGCACAAGCACAACGAGUCGGGUACGAAGAAGCUGUGCGUGUCGGACUCGUGUCCGCAGCGUCGGAGACUGUCGUUCACCGUCGAGCCCGAGGAGGUGGUGGUGAUGGAACCUCCCCUAAACAUGCAGGGCGUCGGGCUCAUCGGCGGCGCCGCCGGUUUGGGGUUGAUGAUGGGCGGGGGUGGCAGUGGCGGCAGUGGUGGCAGUGGCGGGGGCGGAGGCGGUGGACCCAACGACAAGCCCGAGCUGACGUGCAUCUCCGAGGAGGGCAUCGCCGACAUGGACCUGCCCGACAACCUGCUCGACGAUCUCGACUACAUCGGCGACUGCAUCACGUCGUGCAACAAGGUGGAGAACUACCUGAUGCUCAGCGAGUUCGAGAACAACCUGAUCGCCGAGAUGCCGGUCAUCAUGGACCGGAAGGGCCGCAGGUGGUCACUGGCCAAACAGGCGGAAGAGGAGACGGCCAGGGGUGGCAAGUGGCGGCUGGUCGCCGGACACAACAGCAGGAUGAUCACGGUCAUCGACGAGGCUUCCGUGUAAAACGACCGCUCGUAAUAAUAUUUUAUAUUCGUGUAUUGUAUUAUUAUUAUUUUUUUUUUUAUUAUUAUUGUUGAAGAUGUGUUCAUUUUAUUUUUUAUUUAUUUGUUUACUAUUAUAUUCUUUUAUUUUAUUAAAUUUUAAAGUGACACGUCAUAUUAUACGUUUGGAUCGUCGGCAUUACACGAAUGUUUGCGGCGAUCGUUUUUGUAAUCAAAAAUAGUAUAAUAUACUUUAAGCAGAUAUGCCAUACAUUAACGGAAAACAGUUGACGUUAUUGGACUUUUUUUAUUGUAUAAAAUUAUUUUUUUAUUUAUAUACGAAUACAGUAGCGAGUAGUUAAAUAAUAUGUUUGCCCCUUAAAUUAAAAUUUUUAUAUUUAAUCGAUAUCAGAUAUCUAUUAGGUAUCUACUAUGAUAAUAUUAUAGACCUGCGUUGACGUCAUAUUAUUAUACUUAAAUAAUAUUAUUGUUUCAACGAAUUUGCUUGGUUUCGAUUUUAUCCUAUUACAUAAAACGAUAUUAUUUCUUAUAAUAAUAUCCUUAAAUUGUAUAAAAUAAUUUAAUUACAUAAUAUUAUUAUAGUACUAUUAUGUGUCAUUGGCUGAAUCUGUGAUCUAACUAAUUUAUUACCUACCUACUGUUAUUUGUAAAAAUUAUUUUUGCUUACGGUUAUAGUUGAAUUCGAUUCAAUUUUUCAUAACUACAAUAAUAAUAAUAUUGUGUUGUACAAUACGCUUUUCUUUUUUAAAUACUUAAUAAUGAUAAUGAAACUACUAAAACGUGAUACGUAAACGUAUUGUAUACAUUGUAAAAAAAACCACCACCAACGUCACAUGUACACAUUUUGUAAUCUUUUACACAAAACUAUAACAAUAUGUAAAUGUGAUUUAAUAGAUCGCAUAGUAUUAUUAUAAUAUUUUUCAUCAUGCAUUUUAUGGUUCUAGUUCAUCAUUAUAAUGAUUUUUUUUUUUUUGCCACAGCUUAGUUCUUGACCAUUCUGUAUUUCUGUAUGACAUUAAAAUAAUAAUAUACUGUUGAUUUAAACUGCUUAUCAAGAAAUUGUUGGCAAAUACAACUGACGAGCUCGAUACCCUUGUUAUUCGAUGAAACAUUCAAUAGUCGUAGGACGUAGGUACUGACAUUAAAACAGAAAAGUGAAAUAUUUUUGAAAUUGAGUACUUACAUUUCAAUAUUUUACAACCGAAAUUAAUUUGUACAUUUGGUGAGUAUUUUGUCAAACUCUAUAUUAUUAUGGUCCUUAACAACUCAUUAUUUCUUUAGAUAUUUCAUGCUAAUAGUUCAGACAAUUUAUUGGAGGUGGGUCAUUCUUCAACAAAUAUAAAUUUUAUGUGAACGAAAAUCAAAAUCAAAAAAACACAAUUUAUAAUAAUUAUUAACGAAAAAAAAAAAAUAUAGGUAUAAUUUA